GCCCCGCCCCGCCGCGCGGCCGGCCCGUGGCGCGGCAGGUGUCGGGAGCCGCCGUGGCCCCGCCCCUCGUCUGAGGGCGGAGGCGUCGCGGCGGCCGGAGCCGGCGGAGCGGCCGCGGUUGCCGGGGCGGUGGGUCGGGGCUGGGGCCGCGCCGCUCGCCCUCCCUCCCUCCCUCCCUCCCUCCCCCGCAGCCUCUCCCCGCUUGCCGCAGCGCGCCCGGGGCCACCCGGCGGAGAGAGAGAGGAGAGGGGACACCGACCCUCCGGCGGCAUGAACCGGCCUCACCGCGGGGCCGCGGGCAGCCGGGGCCUGGGUACCAUGGAGGUGAAGAGCAAGUUUGGAGCAGAAUUUCGACGAUUUUCUCUGGAGAGAUCCAAACCUGGAAAGUUUGAGGAGUUCUAUGGAUUAUUACAGCAUGUGCACAAGAUACCAAAUGUUGAUGUUCUAGUGGGAUAUACGGAUGUUCAUGGAGACCUGCUGCCUAUCAAUAAUGAUGACAAUUAUCAUAAAGCAGUUUCCACAGCCAAUCCUCUACUCAGGAUUUUCAUUCAGAGAAAAGAAGAUGCAGACUACAGUGCCUUUGGUACAGACACUAUGACAAGGAAGAAGAAUGUCUUAUCAAAUGUGUUACGUCCAGAUAAUCACAAGAAGAAACCACACAUUGUCAUUAGCAUGCCACAAGACUUCAGACCAGUGUCUUCUAUUAUAGAUGUAGAUAUUCUUCCAGAAACCCAUCGUAGGGUGCGACUUUACAAAUACGGAACCGACAAACCCCUUGGAUUCUACAUACGAGAUGGCUCUAGUGUCAGAGUAACGCCACAUGGAUUAGAGAAAGUUCCGGGGAUUUUCAUAUCUAGGCUCGUCCCUGGAGGUCUGGCUCAAAGCACAGGCUUGCUGGCUGUCAAUGAUGAAGUACUGGAGGUAAAUGGAAUAGAGGUUUCAGGAAAAAGCCUUGAUCAGGUUACAGACAUGAUGAUUGCAAACAGCCGUAACCUGAUCAUUACGGUAAGACCAGCAAACCAGAGAAAUAAUGUUGUGAGGAACAGUCGGACUUCUGGCAGCUCCAGCCAGUCUACUGAAUCCAGCCUUCCAAGUAGCACGCCAAAUAUUUUAGCAAAUUUCUUGCAAGGAGAAGAGGAGAGCGACGAAGAGGACAUUAUUAUCGAAGACAGUGGUGAGCCACAGCAGAUUCCAAAAGCCGCACCUGCCAGCGACAGCCUAGAAUCAUUGACACAAAUUGAACCCCUUCAUGACCCGACACAAAAUGGAUUCCUUCCUUCCAGUGAGAUGAACUCGAAUCAUUCAGCAGGCAGUGUUAGCAUGGAAUAUGAAGUACAAGAUCCAGAUCAUAAGUCAUUAGAAGAAGAUGGAACUAUAAUAACGCUGUGAAAUUACAUUGAUGUAUUUGUAUUAAAGAUGCCAUACAUGUUUUAAUUUGGCUUAAUAUAUAAUACAUUUUAUACCUCUCCAUCUACCAAGCACUGCAGUUAGAUUAAAAGGAGGGAAAGAAGUAAAUACGAGAAGUUCAAAAUUAUUUAAGUCGACUAACUUCAGUUAAUUCUGCACUUCAAUGUAAAUACGUCACAAAGACGGAAGAUAAUUGAUAAAUGACUGAAAUUGGAUAUGGAAAACUUAAAUUUAAAAUGAAGGAUAAGAGAUGGCUGUGAGCUUUCUUUUAAAGGUACUUGAUUUUUUUUUUAAUGCAGAAUACUACUGGUUCUGUAGAAGUAAACUUCCAUUGUUGUGUGAGGUUGACUAUCUAAUGUACUGUGGUUUCAUGUUCAUCUGAAGUGCUGCUUAUGUAUGAUGGAGGUGCUUUAGCCACUUCAUUCCUGUUCUGGGCUGCUGUUUAGCUGGUAGAGCUGUGUGUGUGGCUCUGUGUAUGAGGAAACUGAGAAAUAAGCAGGAGAUGGGGUUGGGAGAGAGUUGUUCUUGGUUGGUCUAGUUCCCAGACUGACAUGUUGAGCAACAGGGAUAUUGAUAGUGGUCAGCAACUUGACAACAGUCUGGAUUUGAAGGUGGGGGCGUCUGAAGUUGACUGUUCCUGUGUAAGUGAAUGUGCAACCACAGGCUCAUUAGUCAUGCACCUUUAUGUUUUUAAUGGCCAGGUAAGCUUACUUUUAAUGACUAUGAUUUUGAAAUUCAAAUGUGAAAGUCUUAACACUUACGUAUCAAAGACCUGUUCUCAUUUUAGUUUGCAAUAUUUCAGGAUGUCAUUGGAUUUAGUUGCUAAUCUUAGUAACCUUCAAAGAAAUCAAAUGUAAACUUAAUGCUAUGGAAGUAACAUAAUCUGUGUUAAAAUCACAGUCCCGGUAGAAGCUGUAAAGAUUUCUGCUAGGAAAAGUUUGUCAUAGUGAGUCUGAAUUAUGUAAAAAGUUACUUUCUUCAAACCUAAACAAGUUAGAGUAAAUUAGACUUUAAAUCUCUGGAUUAAAGAAAGUUCUAAAUCAGAAUGAGGCUUUGAUAGAACUUGCUUGAGCCAUGUGAUAUUAAAUUAUUCCUGAUGAACUCAACUGUAAAUGCUGAUCUUUCUGUGUACCACUGGCUGGGUGUGUUGAAUAUUACAAAGUUGCUGUAUGUAAAACAAAGUACUGACACCAAGUCCUGAUACCACAAGUGCACAACUACAUGUGUCAUCAGCUGCAAACUUACUGGGAGAAUUGCAGGGAGAGGCUGCUAGCAUCCUCCUUGCCCUUUCCCCUUUUGGUAUCUCCUGCUUCACCGCUUUGGCACUCGGUUCCCAACCUCACCCUUCUCCGGGAAUGUUAAGCUGUGGCAGGAAAAUGAGGCAGGUACUGAUAGGGCUGGGGAGAAGGAUGGAUGGAUGGAGCUGCUCACCAGGGAUCCAGCCGUCUGUGUCAACCUCUAAGAAAGAAGUCGGAUGCUGCCAGUUCUGUACUGUGGUACUGGGCUUGCCGGAGCUGGUAGUCGAGGUUCUUGGAAGCAUGUUCUACCCUGUGGGGAGAUGUGAUGAGCGGGAAAGGAGACUAACCCCUUUCUUUUUUUUCCCCCUCUGUCUACCUACCUCUGGUAACUUUACUAACAAGAGACUAACUGUAAGUUUAAUGUUAAGGCAUCUGUAGAAGUCUUUGUAGGAUGUCACAGGCUAAAACUGUUCAAGAUUUUUGCAAUGAUGUGAACAAAAUUGCUUCAGUUAUUAUGGCUGUUUAAUUUUACUAAAUAGAAAUUUUCAGUUCAUAUCUUGUGAGCAGUAGUGUAUCCUAGCCUUUGCUACCAUUGGAGUUCAGGUCUCAGAUGCCGAGAAAGGUUGUAUUCGAGCCCUCUUUAAUUUAUGGAGAGCUGGCAUAACAGACAAUGGCACUCUGCAAAUACAGCUUAGAGUUCUGCUUCGUUGGGUUUAUUUAUGGUUUCUUCACUGUGCAUAUGGAGAGGCCCUGGAAUCUUUUCCAACAAGAGCAAGAAUUUUGAAGUGUUUAACUUAUUUUGCUAAUAAUUAUUGAAAAUGAAGUAACUACAUCCACUAAGUGUGAAAUGAGGAAAAGAAAUGUUCGUUCUGCAACAUGUAGAUUUUAAAUAGACAUGUUUUCUAUCAGUGCUGCUCUACACUUCCUUUAUUUAAGGAGGAUUGUUUACUUUAAAAUGUCUCUUUUUUCUCCUGUAUCAAAAGACUUUCCUUCCUGUAUGAAAUCAUCAGUGGAGGGUGACUUUCAUUUAUUAUGCUAGUUUGCACUUCUGUGCCUUUUUUUUUUUACUUGAAUGUAUUGUGAAUAAUCAAAGGAAUGAAGGCACUUGGAUGAGAAAUGAGGACCACAGAUACAGAAAGUGAACUGGUAGUGCACUUAAUACAGGUGUAAUGUUUUCAUUCAGUGGAAAUACGUUAUGGGUCUGAUGUGGUACAUUAGUAUUUUGCAGCUUGGGUAGUAGCUUUGAGCUCUUAACGUACACAGGAGGGUUGGGUCUGAGAAUGCCAGUGUUGUAAGGUAACUUGUUGCUUAGGUGCAAACACCCAAGGUCAGCGUGCCGCCAAACUCUGCGUGUUACCUUAUCUGUGCUUACAGCAGAUGCGUGAAUAUUUUGAAUUAAUAUGCCAGUAUUAAGGACUUGUAGAAAUAUCACUAGGGUCCUAUUCUAAGCUGAGUGAGAAGUCAUCUCUUAGGACCUUUCCUGCAAACUGACUAAUCUAAAUGUGAGGUAAUGUUUUUUGACGCACGUCAUGGUCUGUUUUACAGAAAUUUGGUAACAUGUAGUAAAAGGAAGCAUUUGUGACUUGAUAAAGACAAAGAACAAACCUAAAAAUGGGUUUUUAAAAGUGUGUAUUCACAGUUACAGUGACAGACUGCACAGCAUGUAAUUGCUUAAUGCUGCAGUUACCAUAAAGUUUCUAAAGUUCUUCCGUAUCUUACUAAUGCAUACACUGUUAAUUAAGAAAUAUUUUCAAAUUGUUACUUCAGGCUGAUCAACGGUUGAUUAUGAGUGGCUAAACUUAAUUUUAUAUAUAAAUGGUAUUGGGGUUCAGUAUAAGGUUUUUUAAAAUACGCUGAUAUUGUUAGCCUUUCAUUCACUACCUCCUAAAUUUUUAACAUCUUUACAAUUUUCUCCUUGGAAGAAAAUACUUAAAGGCUUGACUGUUUUAUAUAGAUUUUAUCUUUAGCUAAAGAAAAAUCCAAAUGUGAUAGUGAGGAUGCUAUGCAUGAUUGACAAUAUUACGCUGCUAUUAAUGUAAUCUCUGUGUUAAGUAUCCUGUAUAUGUAAAUUGUAUUUUCAAUCCAGAUUUUAUAAAUUAAUUUAUAAAUAUCCAAAUUAUUUCAAAAUGGAAUGGAAAACUACAAUUCCUUUGACUAGUGUUACACGUUGUGUACAUGCACAGUGGGGGGCCAAGUCAUUCCUUACUUGCGACUGGGAGACUUAAGUGCACCUUAAUAGGAAAAAGAACAAAUUCUUAAUAGAAUUAAGAUGCAUUUACUUUGAAGUUCUGCUAUGGUACUGGAUAAGUCAAGCCUAACUGUGAAUCAAUGUUUUUCUCCACAGCUGAAUUAAAUUUAGGACAAUGUUCUCACAAGCUGUCUUUAAUGUGUAUUUUUGUGAAUAUUAUGUAUUUUCUAAUUAAAUUUUACUUGCAAUGUGAUUUUUACAUGAAUGAACUUGUUUAAAAUGUCAAAUAUCAGUAUUUUUCUUACAACUUUAAUGUAUAAUGUACAUUGGUAUCUCACUGAAUGAAGACUGAUUUUACAAAAUCAAGCUAGAUGUAGUUGUAUAUUAGUCUUAUAUUUUUACAGACUGGAAUAAUAAAUGGAUACAGAAAUAAAAAGGUGUUUUUCUCAA